GGCAUCUCGAGACGACCCACCUCGACGACGACGAGCAAGCAUCGACGCGUACAACAACUAGACUCCUCGACGACAAACGACAGCAUCAGCCCACGACUGACACGACCAAAUACACCCCACGGCAACCUACAUCUGCACUUAGGGCAUCCUUCGGCAGGUUGUCGCUCCCUCUCCUGCCCACUCCCAUCACAUCCACCUGCCCACAAUGGCCACGUCCAUGCGCGGGUUGACCCAGUACAUCUCGGACCUGCGAGCAUGCCGAGUCCGUGAGCUCGAGGAGAAGCGGGUCAACCGUGAGAUGGCCCACAUCCGACAAAAGUUCAAGGAUGGAAACCUCGACGGAUACCAGAAGAAGAAGUACCUGUCCAAGGUCGUCUUCACCUACAUCCUGGGCUACAACGUCGACGUCGGCCACAUGGAGGCCGUCAACCUCGUCAGCAGCAACAAGUACAGCGAGAAGCAGAUUGGAUACCUCGCCAUCACGCUGUUGAUGCACGAGAACUCGGACCUGGUACGACUGGUCAUCAACUCGAUCCGCAAGGACCUCGAGGACAACAACGAGGUGUUUAACUGUCUCGCGCUGCACGCCGUCGCCAACCUCGGCGGCAAGGAGAUGGCCGAGUCAUUAGUCGACAGCGUGUUCCGCUGCAUGAUCAGCGCGACGUCGACAACGUUUGUGAGGAAAAAGGCGGCCUUGACCCUCCUCCGUCUGUACCGCAAGCACCCUAGCGUCAUCCCCGUCGACGAGUGGGCGGAGCGCGUGAUCCCGCUCAUCAUGGAGCGCGACCAGGCCGUCGCGAUGACUGUCACGAGCUUGAUCACGGCUAUGGCGCAGGACAACCUCGAGCUGUUCGCCCCGGCGUACCAGAAGGCUGUUGACCGGUUGGACAGGAUUGUGUUCGACGCCGAAACACCAGCAACAUAUGUCUACUACAAGGUCCCCAACCCAUGGCUCCAGAUCAAGCUCCUCCGCCUCCUGCAGUACUACCCGCCACCAGAUAACCCAGAGGUCAUCGAGAUGGUCAACGGUGUCCUCCAGGCCAUCAUUGACAUGUCGCAAGAAACACCAAAAAACGUUCAGCACAACAAUGCCCAAAACUCGGUUCUCUUCGAGGCUAUCAACCUUGCCAUUCACAUCGACCCCGAGUCGACCGUCGUAUCGAACGCUGGCAAGCUCCUCGGCAAGUUCAUCAUGGCGCGCGAGACAAACGUGCGCUACCUCGGUCUCGACGCCAUGGCCCACUUGGCUGCCUGCUCGACGUCCCUGGAGCCCGUCAAGCGCCACCAGCAGACCAUUGUGCUGAGUCUCAAGGACCGCGAUAUCUCGGUCCGCCGCCGUGCCCUCGACCUCCUGUACUCAAUGUGCGACACUAGCAACGCCAAGGAGAUUGUCGGAGAGCUGGUCAGAUACCUCCAGGUUGCCGACUACAACCUCCGUGAGGAGAUGGUUCUCAAGAUUGCCAUCUUGACGGAGCGCUUUGCGACCGAGUACGAGUGGUACAUCGACACCAUCCUUCAGCUUAUCUCGGCCGCCGGUGAUCACGUCGGUGCCGAGGUCUGGUACCGCGUGGUCCAGCUCGUGACCAACAACGAAGACGUCCAACCGUAUGCCUCGGCCGCGGUGUUCCACCACCUCCAGCAGCCGCAGUGCCACGAGGUCAUGGUCAAGGUCGGAGGCUACAUCCUAGGCGAGUAUGGCCACUUGAUCGCCAACGAGAACGGCUGCAGCCCUAUCGAGCAGUUCCACGCUCUGCACUCCAAGAUCAACAUCUGCACGGCCCCAACUCGUGCCCUUCUCCUCACGACAUACAUCAAAUGGGUCAACCUCUUCCCCGAGAUCAAGGAGCACUUGGUCAACAUCUUCCAGCGCUACACCCACGUUCUCGACGCCGAACUUCAGCAGCGCGCCUGCGAGUACCUUGCGCUUGCUACGCGUGACGACGAUGACGAGCUCUUGCAAGCCGUUUGCGACGAGAUGCCCAUCUUCCCCGAGCGUGAAUCGGCUCUCGUGAACCGUCUCCACAGUCGUGGAGAAAAAGCUUCGGACAAGCGUACCUGGGUCAUUGGUGGUCAAGGAGAGAACAACAAGAGAACACUGGAGAGGUUUAAGAGCUUCCGCAAGGGCACUGUCGACUCGAACGACGACACGCCAGCGCCACCACCCAAGCCAUACGUGCAACCAGCGCAGCCCGAGCCGCAGGCCACACUGCCUCCCGAGAGGCAAGCGACAUUGACCGACGAGCCGCUCAUGGGUGCUGUUUCGCCAUCAGCUCAGCUCUCCGACGACAUUCUCAACUCGUUGGCAGGACUGGACAUGUCAGGGCAGACCGAGGGACAGGAGCGGCUGUUGGGCGGCAACGGCCCGGUUUCGGAGGAGCCCGACGCUAUGACGCCAAUCUCCCCAACCAGCCCCAACCCGCUCACUUUCCAGCACACUGCUACGCUCGGCGGCGUCGCUCCUGCCCUCCUUCAGCCGCUCACCGUGGCGCCCAACAUUGACAAGUGGCUCGAGCGGCUCAGCUUCUCCAACGAAGGCGUGCUGUACGAGGACAAGCAGAUCCAGAUUGGCGUCAAGUCCGAGUACCAUGGUUCGCGGGGCCGCAUUGCGCUCUUUAUCGGCAACAAGCUGUCUACCCCCUUCUCGUCCAUCUCGGCACGCAUCGAGAACCCCUCCGCCGAAGGCCUGGACAUCAAGUUCCACGAGAACAUUGUGUCGGAGAUCAAGGGUGCCGCACAGAUCCAGGAGAUGAUCCACGUCGAGUGCAAGGGCCCGUUCACCGAGCUCCCAGUCCUCCGCUUCACGUACCUCGCGGGUGGCUUCACGACACUCGUUCUCCACCUGCCCAUCUUCCUCACGCGCUUCAUCGAGGGCGUCAACCUCGACGCGGCGGCGUUCUUCGAGCGCUGGAAGAUUAUCGGCGGCCCGCCCCGCGAGGCGCAGCAGAUCUUCCCCAUCAAGCUGACCUCCGCUGGGGAGGUCGACCUCGAGCGCAACCGCCGUGUGCUGUCCGGCCAGCGGCUCACGCUGCUGCAGAAUGUCGACCCCAACCCGUCCAACAAUGUGCUCGCUGGUGUUCUCCACACCACCGGCGCAGGCAAGGUUGGUAUCCUCGGCCGUGUCGAGCCAAACAAGGACGCCAAGCUCUGUCGCCUCACCAUCAGGAGUACCAACGAGGCCGUGUCCGCCGAGGUGCUCCGUCUCCUCUCCAAGCCGCUCAACGGCGAGCACUCUGCGUCGUUGUAGAGCAAUACCCGCCCGACUGAUCUAGCCAGCUCUAUGCAGCAACUGUAUACAUGAUACCCGGAUGAACUGCAUGACUCCC